ACACACUCCUCCCUCUCUUCCCUCCCUCCCUCUCUCACUGUGGUGCUAGACUGCACAGCUCCUCCACUCACUCGCUGCUGAUUCACCCGCUUGCCUCUCUUCUGCCAGUCGCUCUGCCGUGCUGUGCUCUGCCUGCCUGCCUGCCUGAGAAUGGUCCAGCCGGUGCCUGGGGGUCUGCUGUCGCAGCCUGUCUGAACACACGCGCGAAGAGUUGGUCGACACGCGGAAGCACUCACAUAUUAUCUGGAGAGCAAUGUGAGAGGCUACCUGUCGUUAGUGUGUCUGUGGUUAGGGCCAAUGAUCUGGAAUGUUGUUGUGACUUUGUGGGAGUCAAGGAAGUGCCUUUGUUGAUGUGUGCCGCAGCUUUGACCUGCUUCUACCGCUGAAGCUAUCUUCUCCCCGCCCCUUCUGCCUCGCUCGCUUGCUGCCACAGCUCAAGAAAAGGUGGCCGCACCCUCCUCUGACUACGCUCCGACUCGUUUGUUCAUCUGCCGUCAUCACCAUCUACCCCCUCCCAGUGGGCUAAUCUUCACCUGGACAAGCCCAGUAGCCCAGUCCAAUACAAGGCCCUUGCACAGCAUCACACACCUUGCCUUUACUUACCCUCGCCUUGGACCUUCUAAGCCUCCACACAGUCCUCAGUGUCUUUAAGCCCCCACCCCCAAAAAAGCAGACUACACCCAGAUUAUCACCUCUGUUGCCUGCUUCACCGCAUCUUAACCAGAGGGCUUUCUCUCCAUACUGCUUUGGCACGUGAAUGUUCUAGAGAACAAACAUUAACGAGCAAGAAGAGUGAACAUUCAGGCAGGUUGACUCCUGGAUGAAAUCAAUUUACUGUUUGAGAAGAUGGCACAGUAAAAUUUACAGCCUUACUUAGUCCUGCAACAUUUCACUCUGGACAGUAUCAGUUGAAACCUUUUUUUUUUUAAUGUCAUCUUGACUUUGCAGAUAAUAUCAGCGUAAACCCAAAAAAUUAAGUGAAGUCGUGGAUUAAAACCCAAGCGGUACUUUUUUCAACUCUUAAACCGAUCUCACCUGGGAGAUCGUUACCAUGGCUAUGAACAUAGCGCAGAUCCGCGACACAAAGUGGCUGACGCUCGAGGUAUGCAGGGAGUUCCAGAGGGGCACGUGCUCACGUUCGGACCAGGAGUGCAAGUUCGCUCAUCCGGCUAAGAGUUGCCAGGUGGAAAACGGACGGGUCAUCGCUUGCUUCGACUCGCUCAAGGGGCGCUGUUCCAGAGAAAACUGCAAAUAUCUGCACCCUCCACCACACUUAAAGAACCAGCUGGAGAUCAAUGGCAGGAACAACUUGAUACAGCAGAAGAACAUGGUCAUGUUAGCCCAGCAGAUGCAGCUCGCUAAUGCCAUGAUGCCUGCCACGCAGCUACCGCCUAUGCCCAUGUUCUCAGUGACACCCGGCCUGGCCACCAACGCAAGUGCUGCGGCUGCAGCCGCAGCCGCAGCUUUUAAUCCCUACCUGAGCCCCGUGUCGCCAGGCCUGAUGCCACCAGAGAUUCUGCCCAGCACCCCCGUCCUCAUGGCCUCAAGCCCCACCGUCAGCCAAGUCCCCAAUGCUGCUGCUGCAGCCCAGAAGCUGCUGAGAACAGACAGACUUGAGGUGUGUCGUGAGUACCAGAGGGGUAACUGUUCCCGGGGGGAGGAUGACUGUCGCUUUGCCCACCCUGCCGACAGCACCAUGAUUGAUACGAAUGACAACACGGUGACAGUGUGCAUGGAUUACAUCAAGGGGCGGUGCUCUCGUGAGAAGUGCAAGUACUUCCACCCACCGGCACACCUGCAGGCUAAAAUUAAGGCCACCCAGCACCAGGUGAACCAGGCUUCAGCCGCCGCCGCCAUGACUCAGUCGGCUGUCAAAUCACUGAAGCGACCCCUCGACGCAACCUUUGACCUGGGUAUCGCCCCCAAUGUCAUGGCUCCCCUGCCAAAGCGGGCAGCCCUGGAGAAGGCCAACGGGGCCUCUGCUGUGUUUAACACCGGCAUGCUCCAGUACCAACAGGCCCUGGCCAGCAUGCAGUUUCAGCAGCAGGCUGCUUUUCUCCCAUCAGGCUCAAUAUUGUGCAUGACCCCUGCAGCCGGCGUUGUUCCCAUGAUGCACGGUGGUACGCCAGUCACUGUGUCUGCAGCCACCACAUCUGCCACAAGCGUUCCCUUCGCAACUGCCUCCACCAAUCAGGACUCUUCCCUAUCAAAGUUGACUACCAACGAAUACAUGCAAUUGAUUCCAAUAAUAUCUGCAGAUCAUCUGAGUAGUCACAAGUACUUGACUCAAAUGUAGUUCCUAUCAAGAACAAUCAAAUGAAUGUUUGCUGGCACCGUCCAAGCCAAAACAGUUCAGCCUUUAUUUACAUAAAACUUCAGAAUGUCAAGCAACGGGAAUGAGGAGGGUCUGCCAUCUUUCAAAAACAUCCAGGGUGCGACCCGUGCCAUCUACCCACAUUUAUAAAGCUGAGAGAGAUGAGGACGUCUUGGUGCCUGGGGAUGGGUUAGGGCUAGGGGAGUCAGUGAGUCUCAUCAAACCGCUGUACUGUAUAUCUAAAUCACAGCACUCGAUUGGUUGUAAUUCACUUUAGCGGAUGCAGAGAAGGUCAAAGAGUAGCGUUGCAUGAGUCAAAGUACACCUCUGGUACGUCAGGCGACCAAGAUUUGUUUUUUUUCUAUUCCUUAUUUUUUUGAUGACGUAAUCAGCCAUAUUUCAUCGUUUACAAAUAAGACAUGCACCUUGAAUUUGAAUCGAAAUGAAAACGGCGCAGCCAUUUUGAAACGGGGAAACUGCUGAGACGAUUGAGCCUGUGCAGUAUUGUGUGAGUGUACAGCUACUAGUCAAACUAGACACGAACGGACGGAGGGAUGGAUGAAUACAGUAAAUGAGGGUCGUGGACAUAUGAAUGUUGUGGGUAAACCAACAUACCUGUGUACCUUGAAAGCACAGCCAGGCUUGCUCUUUUCACAUUGUCAUGUGCCAUGGAUGUCAUACAGCUCAAACCAGAGUGUUGUUGUCGCAGCAGUGUUAUUUGUUUACUUAGGGUAAAAUUUCAACAACAACAAAAGUUGUAUGGCUCUUAAUGUUAAGAUUUUUUUUUUUAAUGUUAAUUUUAGAAGAGGGUUUAUUGUGCUAAUUUUUGUGUUCUUUUUAAGUCCUUUAACAAUGACUUUUGAAUGGAAAAAGUAGUUCCUAUUCAUUGACUAGAGUGCUCUUAUUUUUCGUUUGUCUUGUCUUGGAUUAAGUCGUCGCUCAAGUCCGUUGACUCUAAAGCCUGUUGAUGAGGAGGGUUGUUGUUACCUUUGUCCUCUUGUAAAGAGUGCCGACCCUGUUAGAAGCACUGUUGAUCUACGUAGUCAUGGCAAUGAAAGAAAGGUCUUUUAGGUCAUAGUAAACCCCACCAAAAAACAAAAAAAAAACACUUGAAUGAUUGUUUGUCCUAGUCAGAUGUCACCAUGUCGAAUUUAACUGAUGAUUGACGUCCAAUCAUGUGGCUCUUUUCAUCCUUCUGCUGUGAAUUUAAAGUUUUUUCACGAAUAGACAUCCGGUCCAGUUGAACUGGGAGAGCUACCCAUUCCCAGGUCAAAUGAAUUAGAAGUCUAUCACCAUCAAUGUCAGCCAAGGAGUUAAGUAAAGGCAGUGGUUCCCAAUCCAUGCAAAUUAUCCCACAUAAAGAAAACAUUAUUUGACAUCAAAUAAUGUGUGUCACAAUUAUUAGCACCCCUGGUGUUAAUACUUUGUACAACCCCCUUUUGCCAACAAAACGAGGUCUGGGGACUGAGAUGGCCAUGGGAGGAGCUUCAUUUUGUGUCUGGUGAACCAUUUCUGUGUAGAUUUGUCCAUAUGUUUAGGGUCAUUGUCUUGCUGAAAGACCCAGUGACGACCCAUCUUCAGCUUUCGGGCAGAGGGCAACAGAUUUUGAUUUAAAAUGUCCUGGUAUUUCAAAGCAUUCAUGAUGCCAUGCACCCUAACAAGGUUCCCAGGGACUUUGGAAGCGAAACAGCCCCACAGCAUCACUGACCCACCCCCAUACUUCACAGUGGGUAUGAGGUGCUUUUCAGCAUACGCAUCUUUCUUUGAGACCAAGAUUGAGCUUUUUGGCAACAAACACUCUUUAAGUGGGUCUGGCGUGCAAGACAAAAAAAUAUAUAUUUUGCAAUUGUUUUCUACUUACAGUAUAUUAGUUAUUUCAUAGAUUGAAUUUGAAUGAAACUCUGGGGACAUAGCAGAAUUCCAUAUGAACCUUUUACAGAAGUCAAUAAAAUAAAAUAGAAUUUAGGAGCCUGUACCCUUGAAUUUAUGAUAGACGGCAAUGGAUAAUACACAUAAAGAUAAGUUGAAUGAGUAUUUGUCCAACUUAAGUGAUAAUACAGAUUCAUUCAUACUUAGGGUUGCCAACUUCCUGAAAAAAAGUGACACCUCAUUGGUUGUCAAGCUUAAGCUUUUGGGGGUCUGUUUUUUUUUAAAAAAUUUGAAACGUGCAAACAUAAAGUAAACUUUCUUUUUGUAACAACUGCGUUCAAAGUCCUCUGAGCAAUAACAAUUCCACAAAUGAUCUCUCCAAAUAUAAUAGGGAAUAGCACACGAAAUUGAUAGAACACAAAAAUAUAAUACAAAUAGUGAAAAUAAGGUACAUACGUAUAAAAAAAAGCAAGAAAACAAAUGAUCAUUUUAAACAUGCCUUUUACUCCUGCUUCACUCAGACCUCUUGUAUCCCACACUCUUAUGUUAUCUUUCGUUUUCCUCAUGGCAAGUGACAGUAACUUCUCGACCAAUGAAAUGAGUGGGAUUGUCAUUGUUUUGUCUGUCAGUUCAUUGGUCAGGAGAGGCAGGGGAAUAUUCUUGAAAAGCACAAUACCACUAUUCUUUCUGUCUACAAAUAAAACACUUUUUGAUUUUCAUGAAAAUACAGGACAAAGCGCAUCCCUUUUAAGAUUAAUACAGGACGCGCACUUUUGUUUUUGACUACGGGACAAUUUUGUUUUUCGGUUUCAAUAGUUGUCAACCCUAUUUAUACUGGAGGCACAAAUGGCACCCUAUUAAAAAGAUUACCUCUCAGUAUUUAAGGGAGCCAAACCCACUUAAAGCGAAAAACAGGUUUGCAAACUUGGUGUAUGCUGUAUGUUAGUGAGAACAACAUUUUAGCAAGUUCAAAAAAUAAAGACAUUCAUACCAGUAGGAGUUAUAAAAUUAAAAUAAUUAAAUUUGGUCAUCAAACACGGAGUAGUAUAAUUGGCUAUCACAGCAGCCCGCUGAGAUUGGUGGAGAUUUAAUAAAAUAUUCUGCUUAAUUCUAAUUCUAUGAAUACGCGGGAUGUCCCGAUCAGAGUCAUCUGAUUUUGAGGAUCUGCCGAUACUGAGUCCCGAUCCGAUACUGAAUUUUAUUUUUUCUUUUAAUUUGAACAAAAGUUCCAAACAUGUUACAGUCCUGUUCUUUUUACAGUACUUCCUCUUCCGCUUUUUCCGGGAGUGUUGCGAGUAUAAAACGUAUCUAUUUUUGUAAUUUUUUACAAUGACAUUGUAUUUCUGGAUUGUUUUGUUAAUUUUUAGCCCUUAAAAAGUAAAAAAUAAAUAAUUAUAUAAUUCAGGCCUGAACAAUAUUGGAAAAAAUGACCAUUGCGGUAUAUAGUAUAUUGCCAAAGCUCCACAUUUCUUCACCUUUAAUACCGUACUUUUAAUCACUCUCCAUAACAUUCAUAUAGUUUAUAUGAGUGAGUCCACUUUAAUUCACUGAAGCUGCCGACAACAGCCUCUUGACAACGAAGAUUGACUAGACGAUGGUUGACCCAUUCACGACUUUGAUCGUAGCGCUACAAAGCCUUCACUCGCCAGAUCAAAGCUAAAAACCUGUCAAUCAUCGUUAAUAUUAACUAAACUACAGCUGCACUGCUGACCAAAAAAAACUGCAGGAGGGACAGUGAUAGGCUGUGCGAGCAUGAAGCCAAAAAACAUAAAUAUGGCUGAAAACACUCCAGUGACUUGAAGUUCCGCUCUGAGACCCCCAAUUUGGCCAAAUUUAAAAAUUAUCCUAUAUACAUGUGUAAUAUAUCAUUACAAAGCUUAAAAUCUCAAUUUUCUGGGGGAAGAAAAUUUUUUAACGGGAGGGCAUUUUUAUUAUUUUUUUCAAACAGCAAAACCCUAACUGGAGGUAAGAGCAUGAGAGAGCAUAAUUAAAGACGCCAUGAUUUUAACGAGAUAUUAUAGUGUACUUACCUCUUUUCGAUCCAAAAACUCCAUGUAGCGUGUAUCACCGAGUGUCAAGACACAGCUUUGAAUGGCCACAGCCGAAUUUUGGGGGGAUUCUAUGGGUGAAACCUGUUCAUAUAACAAAGGGUUGCGAUGCAGAAAUCGCAGACAUCAAGGAGUGGUCGAGAUUUUCUUUUUCAUUAUUUACCUUUUUUAAUGUUUUUUUUUUUUUUUUUUUUUUCAGUUUUUCUUUGGAUUGAUAAUGUAUCAUCUAUAAUAUUGGGGAAAAUGCGACAGUAUUAUUAUUAUAAUUAUUAUUGUGGCGUAAGUUGUUUAAAAGUUUAAAACAUGCGAGUAAAUAAUUUUUUAAAGUCGUUUUUUUUAAACUAAAUAUUAGACAUUAAUUAAUGAUUCUAAGCUAAAUAUGAACAACAUUUUGAAUAAUAAAUAUAAUUACUUACCUUCUUUUUAUGGCUGGGUUGAAACAAAAGCGGUUGUGCGACGUUUGUAAACUGGGGUCUCCAGGGUAAAACGGACAAAUUAAAAAUAGUUCGGGGGCUUCAUGCACCAUGUAUACGCUAUGGCAGCAUAUAGACAUAUUGUUCAAUCAAACACAACAGUUCUUCUGGCUUAAAAUGCAGCAGUUUAUUUUAAAGAGGGGUGCAAGAGCAGAAACGGCUUUUUCAGUCUUAUCUGUGUUUUCCGCCAUAUAUAUUUAAAAAUUAAAAACCGCAACCCUUUUCACACGAUUCCGAUCCUCUGAAAAAUGGCGCGAUCGGCCUCAUUUCCGAUCACUUGAUCGAAUCGGGACAUCCCUAAGGAAUACUAUACCGACCAGAAUACCAUGUUUUUAUUGUUUGUGGGACAAUUUAGUGUAUUCCAAAUUCCUCCCUGAAGUGUUGUUGGGAACCUCUGCCUUAAGUCCCCCAUUUGAAAAUGACAAAAAGCAACAGUCGUUACAGUAUUUCUCAUCCAGGAAUCUUUUUAUUUCAUCCGUAUUACAUUUGUGUUGAUCGGACUGUUGUGUCGCCAGAGAAGUAUGACUGCGCCUGAGCGAUUGUAUUGUACCUAACAAAGCCUUAGAUGACCAUGAAUGGGUCACGGCCCAAACUUGUCAAUUACCAUGCAGGUAAAGAGCACCAAUGAUGUUUUCUAGUUAUCUCACACGCCGCUUACGAUACGUUUGUGCUUUUCUCUUUCUCUAGAUAACAAUUCUUCUCUUAAAAUCCAUUUAAGAGCUUUUAUUAUGUACUACUUACGGAUUUGAUAUGCAUAGUUGUAGAUGUUUCUUUUUUUUGCCUUACUAUAUUACUAUAUUACUUGACCGCAUCGAUAUAGUCGUCGUAGAUUUUGAGGUUGUUUGACAUUCAUAACUUUUGUUUUCAAAGCAUAUAACUGAUCAUGUUUUAAAUAUUCACAUCAUUCAUAGCUGGAUGUCCUUUUUUUCUUCAGUUGGUGUUACAUUACAAGUUUGUCUAGUUGUCUUUUGAUACGAGGAAUUAGGCAACCGUUUUCCUUGUUGACAUGUCAAAGAUCAUAUUUGAAAGUAUAAUGUAUCAAUCUAAAGAUUGUCCAUGUUUUCGGAUAAACGUUGUUUUCUACUGUAUCCAUUUCAAAAAAGAAAUUGUCGUUUGGUUGGAAAUAUUUCUUAAGUUUGCCCUGAAUGUCAGGCCAAAUAGAGCAGUUAAGAUUUUGGGGUUUUUGGAUAUUAUUAUUAUUUGCUUUUGUUUUGUUUUUCGGGUGGGGGGCGGGGGGGGGGAGUGAUUGGUGAGAAUCGGAGAGAAGACUUUCCCCUGCUGGUGAAGUCAGAAAUGCUGCAGAUGAUGAGUUCUAACCUAAGGGAUGAAGGUUGUGACUUUUUGCACUUCUGUAUAUAGUCAAACAGAGACAAAUGUGUAUCAUAUUGAGAUAUUAUUUUGAAUAAAAUAAAAACAGAUCUAUAAUUAUAAGGAAUUUUGUUAGAUUAAUUUAAAUUCAUAAAUUAGAAGAACAGCUAAAAUUGCUUGCAGAGAAGGGCACUAGUCUCUUGGCCAAUGCAUUCGGCGAAAGCUAUGCGCUUUUUGUCUUCUGUUAUCGGUGGUAUAGUUUUGCCUGGGAAUGUUUUAGGGGGCGUAAUGCCCCCCCGUGUCCUGCUUUACCCACCCCUACAAAUGAUCACAUCACAACAUUUGUUGGCCACAUUGCUGCUCCCACACUUCACUUGAUAUAAAAAAAAAAAUAAAAAAAAAAACAUAAAAUGUAUUCCAUUAUGAUUUGACUGCAUGUAUAACCAUGUAAACAAAAAAAAACAUAGUUGUGUAAGGAAAAAGUUCACAAUAAUCCGUACAGUAGAUAACAUCCACAGUGGGGUGAAAUAACACUUCUGAACAGCUCAUCUUACACUUGUGUGAUAAAAGUUUCCAAGCAAAUAUGUUAUUUAAAGAAUAAUGAAAAUAUAAGCACUCAUCCUACCCAAUACGGUGGUGCCUUGAGAUACGAGUGACCUGGUUUAGUUUACAUGUAUACAUAAGUACAAGGUGUCCCAGAAAAAUGUAUACAUCCCUUUUGCAGCUAAUAAUUUGACACGUACACAUUUGAAUUGCAUUUUUAUACUUCCAUUAGCAGUUGAGAAUGAAUUUUCUUUAAAAAUAAAUAAAUAAAUAAAUGGACACCCUGUACAUACAGUACAUAUAUGUAUUUUUUGCUUUGACUUGCAAGCGGAAGAUUGAGAUAAAAGCACUGUAUGUAAAGGAGUGUGAGGCUCAGUCCCACCCAUUCCUUUCAGUAGUAAACGGGUCAUUUUUUUUAUAGGGUGCCAUCUGGACGAAACGGAGUGGACACUAACAGAGGGGACAUUUUAUGCUAAAGGUAGCCCUUAGCCUUGCUUUGCUAGCAUAAUAGCGAACAUGACUGUGAAUACCUGAUAAGAAAUCUAUCAUUUUACUAAUAAACCAUUUGAAAUUAUUCAAUUCAAUUAAUUUCUUUGAUUUAUAGCUUUAACAGAGAGGGCACGAUAUGAUCACACGAACACAAUAGAGACAUUGACACUUGGGAUGAAACAGAAAACAUUAAUAUAUAUAUAUAUAUUUUUUUAAUUAGGUAAUAUAUUUUAAUUUAAAAACAACACACGAUUAUCGCAGACAAUAAAAUCAAAUAACCCAGAUAGCAGACAGACGUUGAAAUGAUGUUGAAUCGACAUUCCGCCGUCAAUCUUAUAUCGUUGAAUCAACGUUGACAGCCGACGUUGAUUUGUCAUCACUUUUGCACCCUCAAUUAAUGUUGUUCCAACAUUGUAAUCCUUACAAAACCUAAACGUCUUUUCGAUUAUUAAUAAUAUUAGAACAAUGCUGAAUCAAUGUAAUGUUUUCCUAAAUUCCUUCAUUUUCAACCAUGAUGCUAUUAAUGUUUUCAGAUAUGCCCAUAUUUAGAGGUCCUGCUUUAUUUACAAACAAAAGAAACAGCUAUGCUGACUCAUAAAAUAUUAUACAUUAUCGAUAAAAAAACAAAACAAAUAAUUUAAUAAUGAAUAAAUAAUAAAAUAAAAAUUUGGCCAGAUUUCAAAAUUAUUUUUAAUUGAAUCACAACAAUAGAAAACUUCAUUAACCCUCAGUAAAGUUAUUUAAAACUUAAGCCUUCUCCUCACUCUGACAAACUUUGCUACAAACUUUGCCACCAACGUGGUCUGGGAUAUAACGUAGCCACUUCUGCACAACAACAGCAAAUGCAUAUUGUGACGCGGCCAUCCCUAUCUGCCUCUUCAGGGAAUCUGAAAAAUACAAACAAAACGGCAUUCACAGUUAAUUCAUAUCAAGGAAUUCUGCAGGUCUCAUGGGUUAGUUUAACAUACUUCAGUAUUUUGUGGUGAAGUGAGUUUCUUAACCAAUCCUAAACCAAAUUAGGGCUACAUUUGGGAACGGUGCUAGCUAGUUAGCUAGCUACGAUGGAAAAAUGACCGUACUGUCUUUGUAUUCAAUAAAUUAAUUUAGACAAGACUUGAAUGCGUGAUAUCUAGUGAUUUUAGCCUUUUAAUUGGAAAAAGAAUUAUGUUUGUCUGAACUAAGUUAGCUAACAUGAAGGCUAAGUAGGUCUUCGCUUGUAUGCCAAUCACAGCAAAUGCACCGUUUCUUACAGUUUCGGCAACUUUGUCACGUGUCAGGCAAACCGUUUUAUGUACAACUUUGAUGACAAACACGAUUUAUUCUACCGUAAGACAUCAUUGCUGAUAAAGGCUCUGAAGAAACGAAACAGGCCUACCUUUAAAUAUGGCUAUCCUUAAAUGAGGCAUUUCCAGUGGAGUUUGUUUGAGGUGAUACGUCUUCCCGCUCAACCACGAACACAACUAUUUUUUGACCACAACUGCCGUUCAUCCAUAUUUCGAAGACUUUUCAAUCAUAUUUCCCGGUCAAUCAAAAAUCAGUUUGUCAACUUUCAACAGUACAUGUUAACCCAACCAUCAUCUGACACACCAUAGAACAAUUUUGUUUCAACGUCACUGUCAGGUGUCAUCGGUAUUUGCAAUGUUGAUUCAACAUUGUUUAUUGUUGAGAAUUUCAACGUCAACCAUACUGAUUAUUUUGAUGGAAAAUCAGCGUUCAUUCAACGUCAGUCUGCUAUCUGGGAAAUUAUUUGGGAAUGUUUUCUACCUAUAUUAGUUAUUUUAUAGACUGAAUUUGAAUGAAAUACACUAGGGACGUAGCAAAAUUCCAUUACCUUUUACCAGAGGUAAAUUAAAUUAAAAAAAAAAAAUGAAUUCAGGAACCUGUACCCUUUAAUUUACAAUAGAAUUUAUAAUACACUUAAGUUGAAUGAGUGUUUCUCAAACAUUAGUGAAAAUACAGCUUAAUUUAUACUGCAGACACAAAUGACACCCUAUUAAAAAUAACCCAAACACAUAAAUGAUUAUACUUAUUAAGGCAGUGAAUGAAACCAUGUUUGGGGGGUCUGAAACAAUGUCAUUUUACUUUCAUUUUACCUAGGAAAGAUGUUUUGAGCUAAGACGGAACAAAUGGAACACAUCUCAAGGCACCGCUGUACUGUUCCAGAGCCAUAUAUAUUUCCAGCCAACUUAAAAAGCACGUUUUGUUGCUCUUAUCUCUGGACUGUGCACUCAGCAGGUGAAGGCCAGCCACACCAAAUGCACAUUUGGGCAAAGUCAAGUCUUUGAAAUGAAUGUAAAGCGGCUGCUCUAUUGUUGCUAUAGAACCAAAGCACCAGAUUCUCCAAAACAAGACGUUCAGUCUGUAUCUUCCCUGCUGAGGGCACAUAAACACACCAACGCUUUUUGCCAGCUUUUUACCUGUAGGUGCAACUACCACUUAUGUAUUCGCUAACAGUUGCCACACAAUGAUGUCUGAUUUCUUUAUGCACACUUGAUUGUUGCCAUGAUUGACUCUUAUCUGUAUGGAUGAAAAAAAUAAAUAAAACUUUGAUUUGCUCAUGCAACACGA